AGGUUGGACGAACAUUAAUUGAUAGCUAUUGUAUCUAUCAGUGAUUAAUAUUAAUUUCAAGAAGUAUUGUUCCAUGAUAUGGAUCUAAUACGCGAUAUAAUGAUAAAUACGUGUGAGAAGGCUCCUUUCGUGGAGUCACCGGCGCGAGUGCCGCCUGAUAGUAUAUUCAAUAUAAAACCUGCGCGCUGUGCGCUCGGCUUCUCAAUACCUCGGCAGCGGGGCGGUCUCCACAGAAAACAAACAAUUCAAAAACAUAUGAGAGUGCAUUGAAGACCGGUAACCAUGAGUGGUGAGAACAACAAUGGAUUCACAAUGGAAGAUCCUCCGCCAACAACGUCGGCUGACUCAACGUGGAUCCCUGACUCUACACCGCCCUUAACUACGGCACCCUCAGGUCCGGCACCUGAGUACUCGAAAAUGAAAUGGUCAACGAAUGGUCAUGAGCAACCAAUAUCACCUCCACCUAUCAUAAAAGUACCGUUAGAACAGUCGGAGACAACAAAACAAGAUGCUGAUGCAGAAAAAGCAGAACCACAGCGAGCGAUGUGGGAUAACCAGAUCGAAUUCCUUAUGUCGUGUAUCGCCACUUCUGUGGGUCUUGGCAACGUCUGGCGAUUCCCAUUCGUCGCUUACAAAAAUGGCGGAGGGGCUUUUCUCAUUCCUUAUAUUAUAGUCCUGUUUCUAGUCGGAAAACCUAUGUACUACUUAGAAUGUAUUGUGGGACAAUUCAGUUCAAGAAAUUCUGUAAAAGUUUGGUCACUGUCACCUGCAAUGAGAGGUAUAGGCUACGCGCAAGCACUCAGUUGCAGCUACAUCGUGACCUACUACGUGUCCAUCGUAGGACUGUGCUUGUAUUACCUGGCAAUGAGCUUCCAGGCGGAGCUGCCCUGGUCGAAAUGUGAUCCCGAGUGGGCCAACUGUGUGCCAUCAGCCCCCAACCACGACAUCAUUACAACAAACGAAAGCAGAAGUAGCGCUGAACUUUACUUUGUUCAUACGGUUCUGCAACAAAACAAGGGCCUGGAAGAAGGACUUGGAACUCCUGUAUGGUAUUUGGCGUUAUGCCUUUUCGCGUCUUGGGUCAUCAUCUUCGUGAUUGUAGCUCGAGGAGUCAAGAGUUCUGGAAAAGCUGCUUACUUCCUUGCCAUAUUCCCAUAUGUGGUUAUGCUCAUCUUACUCAUCACUACAUUAUUACUGAAUGGCGCUGGUAAAGGAAUCCUCUUUUUCAUUACACCGCAAUGGGAUAAACUUCUAAAACUUGAGGUCUGGUAUGCCGCUGUGACACAGGUGUUUUAUUCUCUAUCAGUGUGUACCGGAGCAAUCAUUAUGUUUUCAUCGUAUAACGGCUUUAGGCAAAAUAUUUACAGAGAUGCAAUGAUCGUGACAACUUUAGACACCUUCACAAGUCUCCUCUCCGGUGUCACAAUUUUCGGGAUCCUUGGCAAUUUAGCAUAUGAACUGAACACUGAGGUAGACGAAGUGGUGGGCUCAGGAGGUACGGGUCUUGCCUUCAUUUCCUACCCUGACGCAAUUGCCAAGACAUUUUUGCCACAGUUAUUCUCGGUGCUGUUCUUCCUGAUGAUGACGGUUCUGGGCGUGGGCUCCGGGGUGGCGCUGCUGUCGACUAUCAAUACAGUCGUAAUGGAUGCCUUCCCGCGCGUGCCCACCAUCUACAUGUCAGCCAUGUGCUGCACCGUCGGCUUCGGCUUGGGGCUCAUAUACGUUACACCGGGUGGCCAAUACGUAUUGGAGCUGGUUGACUACUAUGGCGGUACUUUCUUGGUCCUGUUUUGUGCCAUUACAGAACUAAUAGGAAUUUGCUGGAUUUAUGGUCUAGAAAACAUCUGCCUGGACAUCGAGUUCAUGCUGGGCAUCAAGACGUCCUUCUACUGGCGCAUCUGCUGGGGCAUCGUCACGCCGGCGCUCAUGGUCACCGUGUUCGGUUACGCGCUCGCUUCCUUCGAAGCCCUGGUCUUCGGCGAGGACUACUACUACCCUACAGCUGGAUAUGCUGCCGGAUAUGUCAUGCUGGGAAUGGGGAUCAUUUUCGUUCCUUUAGUUAUGGGCAUGGUCAUAUGGAAAAAUAGAAAUAACAGCUUCAAGCAGGUUAUCAAGAAGUCAUUCCAUUAUAGUCCCAAAUGGGGCCCUCGUUCUGCCCUGAUAAAGGAGGAAUGGCAUCAGUUCAUAGCAGAAGCCAAGUCAGACCGCAUGGGUACUUCCUUCUGGAGACACAUAGGCAAUAUCUUGACCGGUGGAUAUAGGUCGGGAAAAUAAUCUAGUCGUUAUUAGAUUGUUUAAUGUAAAUAUGAAUAGAAUUAAGAAAUAGUAGGUAUAAUAACUUUGUGUUAAGUGAAUUAUUAAAAAAUAUUUUCAACA